GACUACUAAUAAGUAAAAAUUAAAGAAAAUUAAACAAAAAAAAAUAUCUGAGUGCGAAUUAAUUGUGCGUGAAUUGUCAUCAUGGUCACAAAAAUAUAUACGAUUCAGCAAUUUCUCUUGAAAAUUAUCUUCUUCGCAAAUUUGGCCUGCGUUCUACCACGAUCUGUGCCGCCUGCCAAUUUACAACCUCGAGGACCUCCACAUGCAUUCCAUAGCCAUUUGGCUCUGCAUCCAACUUUUUUUAAUCAUGAAAAUGCUCAAGCUUACCAGCAUCGUGAGCCGACUGGCACAUUUUACGACAGCAAACGUGGCAUUUUGCGUUCAUUUCCAGGCGGUGGAGUGCCGGUAUUGGUCGAUCAUCACAAACGUUGUUCCGGCAAUUUUGUAGGAGUCAAAGCGCAUCCCAACCAGAAGCAAUACUACUAUGUGUGUAAGCCCGAUUGCGUAAUAUUUGGAAAAUGUCAAAAUCUGCAGUCAUUCGAUGCAACGAAAGGACAAUGCAGUCCAUAUCCUGCACAAGAGUAUACGCCAGUUUGCGUGAAACCCGGUCGCUUUCCCAUUUUAACAGACUGUACGGUCUACUAUCGAUGCGACGCACAGUUGAAACCGCGUAUAUACUCAUGUCCGCGCAAUACGGUUUAUUCACCCCGUGACGAGAAAUGUAUUUGUGGCGCAAAGUGUAAUCCAACAGAGGUUACGUCACACGGUUCGUAUAUACCACAUGAUUGUGAGCACAAAUUCCCGCCAUGUCUACAGGAUGGCACCUUCCGCACGCCCACCGAUUGUUCGCUGUAUUACACGUGUGUUAUGCAACCGAAGGGGAUCUACCAACAGACACGUUUCAAAUGUCCCGAGCUACAAUUCUUCGAUCCUAAAUUAGUAACAUGUCGGCCGCAACAUGAAGUACCCUGCGAUUCUAUACAACUAUCUGAGCUUGUGUAUCCGAGACCACCGCCCUUACCCCAUCUUCCGGUGAUUUAUCCACCACAUUACUCUGUAGACUCAUUGGAUGAAAGCGAUUAUCCAACAGAAAAUGCGGAGCCGUGCUCCAAAGAGGAUCCCUUGAGCGCCAGCAUUGGCUCAACUGAAAACGAAAUAUCUGAUUGGUCCUCGCAAACUACUAAAGUCACAAGAUCUCCGACGCAAUCUACUACUGUGCCAAAAACUCUACCCACGAGCCGUUUAACUCCAAUACACACUCUGCCAACAACAACAUUAGCACCAACAACAAGAGUUACUCGCACAAGCAGUUUUAUUCCAUCUAAACCCGCUACGCCUGAACAGCCUGCCUCGUCAACAUCUCCUCCAGUAGAUAUCAGUUUAAGUACCACGCCCGGCGAGAACUCUUCACCAACAUCGGACAACGAUGUAACUUCCGAAGAGAUUGACUUGUCAACCAGCACCAAGUGGACCACAAUAGAUAGCGAAACAGCGAUUAAUACGGCAGCUAUAUCAUCUGCCGCUACGAUUGGCUCCGCUUCGCUCAUCGGUGCAACUCCCACUAUAAACACUUUCUCUGAAACAUCCCCUUCUACAGGCACAAGUCCAGUAGAUGAUUCCAAAUGGACGUCAACUUCUUUAGUUACAUCUUUACCAACAAAUUCAAACACUGCAAACUCACUACCCACGUCUCAACAGGAUUUCUCUUCAAUUCAACUUGGCUCCUUCAUGAAUUCGUUUGCACCCACAAGAGACUCUCCAACCAGUGAAUCUAAUCCCUCAUCAUUAUCAACUAUACCUACUUCGUCUUCUGAUUUUUUCGCACAAAAAUCAACACCGAACGACUUUGCUUCAAUUACAUCGUCACCCAGAGACUCUUCAACAAAUUCGUUUGCCAAUACAAAGUUUACCGCUGUACCAACAGCACCACCUUCCCGUGCAACACCAUCAACGGUUUUACCGCAUUCGUCAGCAUCAACAACUGAAUCUGAAACAUUUACCUCAGAACUGACAGCUUCUUCUACGCCAGCGUCUACACCUUUCUCAUCUAAUUCGAUUAGUUCUCUACCUGCGAAACGCGCCACCGCAAGCUUACCACCCUCGAGUGCCACUGACUUGGCAACUACUACCGGGAAUUUCACUUCUAGUCCACUGCAAUCUACAUCAGCUCUCUUCACAACCUUGGCCGAAACAAUCUCUUCUACGGAGUCUACUAUAGCUGAAUCACCAAUCAGGCCGUCAAAUGCCUCACACACUUCAAUACCAACAGAUCUUUCCACAGUACCAGAUACCUCAACUGUGACACAAACAACCUUUAAUCUAUUAACUACCUUACCUGCCCAUUCCCCAACGAAAGCGAAUCCUCUACCAAUCAGCUCUAUAGAUCCACAAACAAGCACCGUUAAAGCAACAAGCUCAGGAACAGCGUCAACUGCAUUAUCUACGGCAGCUUCUUCAACAACAGUCGACGAAUCUUCAUUAAAUACCAUAGAAGUGACCAGUACUCCCACCAUGCUAACCACUACUAAAUCGGAUUCAUCUCGGGGAACAAUUUCCUCCCCAGACUUUACACAAAAUGAAAUACGUUCACCAGAUACACGUAACACUGCACCAAAUACUUUAGAUGAGAGUGAAAUGAGAAACAUAAGAUCGAGUUUUUCAACUGGUUUGAUAACGGCAAAUGACUACGAAGAGAAUAAUCAUACGAACAACAAACUGGAUUACAAUUCGGAUGAAUUUGAAAACGUCGUUUAUUACGAUGACUACUUGACGGUGUCGGCAAUAGCUGAAAAUUUGAAAUCAGAAAAAUCUUCGAACGAAGUUAAAAACGAACAGGAAUCAACAGAAAAACCAAUUGUAGCUCUGAAUAGUCGUACCAACAAUACUACUCCAAAAUCAACAAUUGAAGAGAUGUCUAAAACUAAACAAUUGGAUAAUAAAAACGCUGAGGGCAAUGUGGGCGAAGCGCCAGACAGCAGAGCUGGUAGUGAUGUUAUUUAUUAUGACGAUGAACUGGAGUACAACGACCCAACAACUGCUAUAAAUGAGGGAAAACCUUCAGCGACACACACUACAAGCUUGAAAGAAGCUGCUCUUGGUAUACACUCAACGAAAUCGGGGUCUUCUACAACGCAGAUUACAAAGCCCAAAACUCCAAAGCAUAUUGAGAUAACUACUUUACGUACAUUACGACAAGCACUGCCAGCGUUUAGCGAGAACUCCGAAAUGCCACUAGAAACUGCUGAGGUACGAACGCCAGAACGGAAGAGAUCCUCGGUUAAGACCAAGGAAGACGUAUUUGAAAGUUCCGCUAAAGUCAUGGAAAGUAAAAAGAGUAGAACAGAGGCUACAACAUCAAAGGCAGACAAUUUCACAAGCACUCACCACGAAGUAAGUCAGAAAGCAGUCAAAGAAAACCCAAUAGAAAUGGACGAUCAACAAGCAAAUGAGAAAGAAGAGUCUGCAACGGAAAAAAACGCUACAAGAGGGCGCCUUGACAAGAAUGUUGCUAUAAAGUCUAUUUCUGAGCUCACAGUUACACCUGAGAACAAUGCUAAUGACGCUAAAGCUGCAGAUGAUAAGCAGGAGUUCAAAGAAAAUAGCGCAGUUCAGAGUUCCGGUUCCAGUUUUGAAGCAGAUAAAAGACCCACAAGGCCCACACUCUUGUUGGGUACAAAUGAUAUUACAAUCACAGCAACCACCAAGUUACCACCACAACUUAAAACAUUCAGUCAGACUACAACUCCUGUAUCUCCAGAAAGCUCCACAAAGUCCUUGAAAGAGAAUGUUAUUUCGCCGACUGAUGAUCUCAUCAGAGAUUCUGCCGAAAAUUCAAAUGAAACUCAACAAGUUGUUCAACAAAUUCGUGUUACAAAAUCAGCCAAUACUAAGAACUCUAAACAGAAUUCCUCGUUGAACCAAAAUGUUGUGGAAUCCUCCAGCCUUAAAACGCCGGCGACAAAAAAUAUAAAUGAACAGAAUGAAACAUCAACAGCGCCAAGUGAAAUCAACGAAAACAAAGAUAUUGAAAGGCUUGAAAGCACAACAGAGCACCAACGAACCACGGUAUCAGUUACCGAAAGUAGUACCGCAGCUACUACAGAACUGCAUCCUUCCACGACUGAAUCGAAUUUCCAAAUAGAUAUUAGAAGUGCUCCCAGCGAGGAGAACACAGACGGAGACCAACCGUCCGAAGAGCAACAAAGCUCUGCGCUAGCGUUACGCACAGAUACUGAAGUGGUAAAACCUGAUAAACAUUCAACGUCAGACGAUAGUUCGCAGCACACAAAAUCUCCUCAAACAAUAAUGGCUCUCAGCACAGAACGAACCAAAGCAUCUAAAAUCAAAUUUGCGAGACACACUGCCAAUGCUGUUGAUGAGAUGAUCGAACACGUGAACGAGCUCCAAGCAACUGGCGAAACCAACCUGACCACAACAGAAAAAUCAUCUGUAACAGUGGUAAAAACUGUUAAGCCACAGAUUGUAGCCACCACAAGUACAAGAGAAAUUGAGAAGCCAGCUGAGUCCAGUAACGAAGAUGGAAUUAGACACCCUAAUCCUGACUUAGUGAAAACAGCUGAUCUGAAUGUUCAGUCGAAAGAGGCGCUUAGUGCCGAGAACUCAAAGCCUCAGUUGACGUCUACAUCAAUAGAGACGAACAUAACAACAACUGAAACUAACAGGAGCCUCGAAAGUACGCAGGAAAGCAACACAGUAAUUUCUGAACAAAAUUCUCAUGUAACAGAGAAGCAAAAUAUUCUAAAGACCGGCACACAUAGCCCGAGAGAGCAGGUUAACAGAAAGGACGAAGAGCAAGUCGCACAUAGCAUAAACAGCGUCUCAUUAAAUACACCAAUAACAACUUUAAAGCCAAAGGUAUCUAAGGUAUUUGAAGUGGCAACUACCGAAAACGGCAAGGACCUCAACGAAACUACGAGCGCACAUCACAUUUUAACGGCUUCCAGUACCUUAAGGCCGAUACGAAAUGCUGUACUUGGUGUUUUUGAAGCGAACGAGGAAAUACCAUCGAGUCUUGCGCCGCGCACAGUGGUGCAAAAACAAGAACAUACAGAUCACAUAGACCAACCGGCUGGGCAGCUUCAGCAUAAUCAACUAAAUAUGCGUCCACUUAUUGAAUCGCCAACGGCAGCGAAUGUUAAAGAAUCGCGUACAAAACUCAAAGAUCUUCUAGGAAAAGAUUUCGAGCGGGCUGAUGCGAAUGUAAUGGAGUCCGACGAAGCAGACAGUCCCGCUCACUCGCUAGAGAAGAGUACAGGUCUUAUAAGGAUAAGUGAUUCAUUCCAGAAUUACAUCUCAAACGAAGCACCGCAAACAGACGGUUUGGCGGCUCCGUCAUUACCAGCUGUACCAAGAAAGAUUUCUAGUGAGCACAAUGUGAAUAAUUUCACCACAACCACAGCACGACCCACUACAACAGUACACACACCUACCACAGCCAACUUUACUGUUACCACAGAAAAUACAGCACUGGAAACAGAAUUAGAAACACCCGAAGGCACAACCGCUCAACCAACACGUUUAGGCAUACAAUUCCAUGACAAUUUGUUAGAUAUCAAAUCGAAUGAUGUGCGGAUAACACGAAAUGCACAAAACACUCUAGAAGAAACACAACAAACAUACAAAAGAAUGUAUAGAACACAAACCGCAAAAUCUAACCAGAAUUCUGAAACCGUUACAGCAUUUCCAAUGCACGCAACGGAUAUACCUAAGCUAGAGUUGGUGGUAUUUGGUAAUCUCGAUUUGACGGUACUUUACUGCCCGAAAGACUGCAGUAAGGAUCAUCAGCACAAAUAUGAUAAAAAAGUCUUUGGCGAUCAGCAUGUGGUCGGGAUUCAGUGGGAUCCCUCUAAAUCUAAGAAGACGAUGAGUCUUCAAACAGUGUAAAGAGGAUUAGAAAAUGUAGUAGUAAUUUUAAACGUAUUUAUUGUUGUUGUUGUGGAUGGGUUAAUGUUAGGGAAUAUUAAGUUCCUUAUUUAAGGACUAUGAUUUAUGUAUAGAUUAGUUGUGAUCGAUUAAUUAAGGUAUGAUUUAAAGAAUAAAUGGUAUUAUUUUAAAUUAAUUUUAUGCAAAGCGAU